UUGGAUAACAGCCAGCAGAAAAUGUCUCAGUACUCAGGAAAAAUCACUUUCUACGAAGGCAGAUGCUUCACAGGCAGGAAGCUGGACAUCUGUGGCAGCUGCAACAGCUUCCAGGACCAAGGUUUCCUCAAUCGAGUCAACUCCAUCUGCGUCCAGAGUGGAGCUUGGGUCUGCUUCGACCACCCCGACUUCCGAGGGCAGCAGUACAUCCUGGAGCACGGCGAGUAUCCCGAUUUCUACCGCUGGAACGGACGCAGCGACCACCUGGGCUCCUGCCGGCCCAUCGGGAUGCACGGUGAGCAUUACAGGAUCGAAAUAUUCGAGGGGAGCCAUUUUAGGGGUCCCAGCAUGGAGCUGACAGAAGAUUGCUCCUUCCUCCAGGGACAAGGCUGGGACAAGACCUGCAUCAAUGCCCUCAAAGUGUACGGCGAUGGCGCGUGGGUGCUGUACGAGGAGCCCAACUACCGAGGCCGCAUGUACGUGGUGGAGCGCGGCGAGUUCAGCAGCUUCAACGAGUGGCAGGCGCGCAGUGCCAGCGUCCAGUCCAUCAGGAGAGUUGUCAACUACUUCUAG